AUCUUUCCUCGGCUGUCACGGAUGGCCUUGGACUACCUUAGCAUUCCGGCCACCUCGGUCAACGUUGAGCGGCUCUUCAGCCGUGGUCAACUUCUUCUCUCUCAUGUCCGUAACCGGCUCUCUGUACAGACAACCCGUGCACUCUUAUGUGUCGGUGCUUGGAGUCUCAUGGGUUUGACCAAAGAUUCUGAUAUUAUGGGUGUCGUUACACAGCCAGAAGUGGAGGGUGAGGAGGAGGCACUCGAGGAUGGUUGGGAUUCAAUUGAAUAA